GGGGAGGCAGCGGCUCCGGCGCCGCGGUGCCUCGCGGAGGCGGAGAGGAUGAGGAUGGCUUCUGGCUUUUUUUUUUGCCUCCUCGCGACGAUUUCCAUAGUAACCUGAUCGAGCGGUGCAAUUUCGGAAACUGGGGUGGCUUUAUUAUCAUUUUUUUCCUCCCCGAUUUUUUCCCCCCGCUUCAUCGCACCGCUCCCCGAGGAGUGCCGGCCGACAGGUUCACAGUCAGGAUGUAACCUCUUGUAAAAUGGAAACCUGUGAAGAAAGAUACAGAUAGCAGUUGGAGUUAAAAGUGGUAGAUGAACAUUCCUCUUCUUAAGCAUCAGCUUUUAAGAACGCUAUGGUGAUUUGGAAAGUCUCAAGAGUGAACUGCAAAGUUUUCCUCAGCUCAAUCGAUGCAUUUCUUAGUCAUUUCUCCAAGUCGUUGAUGUUCAGAGAUGGUGUGUGAUGGAAAAAAGCACCAUGUUUCUGUGUUUGUAGCCCCUGCUUUUUGGAUUAGUUUGCUGCAUUGCUGAACCGAUUUCAUUUUGAAGGGCAAGGAAUGAAUGUGAUGGAUUUAUCUUCAGAGAUGAACAAACAUGGAAGGAAUCCAGUAAGUCAUAAACUAGAAGAUCAAAAGAAGAUUUACACUGACUGGGCUAACCACUACCUAGCAAAAUCUGGCCACAAGCGGUUGAUCAAGGAUUUGCAACAGGACAUUGCAGAUGGAGUUCUGCUAGCAGAAAUCAUCCAGAUCAUCGCAAAUGAAAAGGUUGAAGAUAUCAAUGGCUGUCCACGGAGCCAAUCUCAAAUGAUUGAGAAUGUUGAUGUCUGCCUUAGCUUUCUGGCAGCCAGAGGCGUAAAUGUCCAAGGUCUUUCUGCAGAAGAAAUAAGGAAUGGAAAUUUGAAAGCCAUCUUAGGGCUGUUUUUCAGUUUGUCUCGGUACAAACAGCAGCAACAUCAUCAGCAACAGUACUACCAGUCUUUGGUGGAGCUACAACAACAAGUCCCUUCAACUCCAGCUGAAAUCAGCCAGUCCAAAACACACCAAGAUAUGCAGUCAAGUCUCACAGCCAGAUAUGCAACUCAGUCUAAUCACAGUGGAAUUGCAACCAGUCAGAAAAAGGCUUCUAGGCUUCCAGGACCCUCAAGGGUGCCAGCUGCAGGCAGCAGUACCAAAGUCCAGGGAGCUUCCAAUUUAAAUCGGAGAAGUCAGAGCUUUAACAGCAUUGACAAAAACAAGCCUCCACAAUAUGCAAACGGAAAUGAAAAAGCAGAUUCACCAAAAGGCCCUCACCCCUCUUCAGGCAUGAAUGGAAAUGUGCAGCAUCCCACCAGCACCGGGCAGCAGCAGGUCUCUGCCAUACCCUCUCCAAGUGCCAGCAAGCCUUGGCGCAGCAAAUCCAUGAAUGUCAAACACAGCGCGACCUCUACCAUGCUGUCUGUGAAGCAGCCCAGUCCCACAACCUCCCCUACUCCUACUCCUACUUCAGACAGGCUCAAGCCACCCCCUUCUGAAGGUGUGAAGCCCCCUUCAUCUGGACAAAAAUCUAUGCUGGAAAAAUUCAAGCUGGUUAAUGCUAGGACUGCUCUGAGACCUCCUUUGUCACUGAGCUCAGGACCCGGUGACAGUGGGAGAGAGGAUGACAACUUUUCAGAGUGUGGUGACAUGGAUGUCUUAAGUGGUGGGGUGAACAGCGGCGGCUCCACAAGUAGCAGUCCCAAAGUAUCACCCAAGUUAACCCCUCCAAAAGCUGGCAGCAAAAAUCUCAGCAAUAAAAAGUCUUUGCUACAGCCAAAGGACAAAGAGGAAAAGAACAGGGACAAAAACAAAGUUUGCACUGAGAAAGCAGUCAAGGAAGAGAAGGAUCAGGUCAUUGAAUCAUCUACAAAGAAGAGCUCAAAAAUUGCAAGCUUAAUCCCAAAGGGAAGCAAGACUACAGCAGCCAAGAAAGAAAGUUUAAUAUCAUCUUCUAGUGGGAUCCCAAAACCUGGAUCAAAGGUGCCAACAGCAAAGCAGAGCACUUCCUCCGCAUGCACAGGGAGUAAGGAGGUUGAAAAACUGAGGACUACAAAAGGAAACCAGUCCCAGUCAACACCAAAAUCUCAGCUUAGUGAGAAGGCUUCUCCUUCCUCUGGUCUUGCUUCUUCUGAAGGGAAAGAACCAAGUGCUGCUCUCACUCCAGGAUCCUCCAUUGGCGCCUCAAUGGCUGCUGGCAGUGGCCAAGGCACAGGGAAUGGUGUAGUCCAGCUUCCUCAGCAACAGCAAUACAGCCACCCCAACACUGCCACGGUAGCUCCUUUCAUUUAUAGAACUCUCUCAGAAAAUGACAGUACCUCUUUACCACCUGCUGACUCCUGUACCAGUCCUACUAAAAUGGAUUUGUCAUUUAGUAAGACUGCCAAACAGUGCCUAGAGGAGAUAUCUGGGGAAGACCCUGAAACAAGAAGAAUGAGAACCGUCAAGAACAUUGCAGACCUGAGACAGAAUUUGGAAGAAACCAUGUCCAGCCUUAGAGGGACCCAGAUAAGCCACAGCACAUUGGAGACAACUUUUGACAGCACUGUGACAACUGAGGUGAAUGGGAGAAGCAUACCAAGCCUAUCCAGCCGAUCGAGCGCCAUGACUUGGAGGCUGGGGCAGGCCAGCCCUCGGCUGCAGGCGGGAGAUGCUCCGUCCUUGGGUGCUGGUUAUCCUCGCAGCAGCGCCAGCCGCUUCAUCCACACAGACCCCUCUCGGUUCAUGUACACCACCCCGCUCCGCCGAGCUGCUGUCUCUCGCCUUGGAAACAUCUCUCAGAUUGACAUGAGUGAGAAGGGAACUGCUGACUUGGACAUAUCCUCUGAAGCUGAUGUUGGUGGCUACAUGAGUGAUGGGGACAUUCUUGGGAAAAGCCUGAGGACUGAUGACAUCAACAGUGGGUACAUGACAGAUGGAGGACUCAACCUAUAUACAAGAAGUCUGAACCGAAUACCAGACCUUGCUGCCUCUCGAGACGUCAUCCAGAGAGGGGUUCACGACGUGACUGUGGAUGCUGACAGCUGGGAUGACAGCAGCUCGGUUAGCAGUGGCCUCAGUGACACUCUUGACAACCUCAGCACAGAUGAUUUGAAUACCACCUCAUCUGUCAGUUCUUAUUCCAACAUAACAGCCUCUUCAAGGAAGAACACUCAUGCCCAGCUGAAGACAGACUCAGAGAAGCGCUCAGUUACAGACAGUGAAACUUGGGGAAGCACUGAAGAGCUGAAGAAGCCAGAGGAAGACUUUGACAGCAGUGUAGACAGCAGUGGCAAGUGGAAAGGCCUUCCCUCGGGGCUGUCUGAAGAGUCGGAGAAGGGGGGACAGAAAACAUCUCUCUCUGUGUCACAGACCGGAUCUUGGAGGAGAGGCAUGACUGCACAAGUGGGAACAACUCAGUCCAGGCACAAAGCAGGAACAAGUGCACUCAAGACCCCAGGAAAAACUGAUGAUGCAAAAGCUUCAGAAAAAGUGAAAACUCCACUGAAAGGAGCCUCCAUACAGAGAUCUCCAUCAGAUGCAGGGAAGAGCAGUGGUGAUGAAGGGAAAAAGCCUCCCUCUGGCAUUGGCAGAUCAACUGCUACAGGGUCAUUUGGAUUCAAGAAGUCUGGGUUGGGAUCUUCUACCAUAAUCACCACAAGUGGAGCUACGAUCACAAGCGGGUCAGCAACGCUGGGAAAAAUGCCAAAAUCCUCAGCCAUCAGUGGGAAAUCCAACGCAGGGAGGAAGACGAGCUUAGACGGUUCCCAAAACCAGGACGACGGCGUCCUGCAUGUGAGCUCAAAGACAACUCUGCAGUACCGGAGUCUGCCUCGCCCCUCGAAAUCCAGCGGCAGCGGGAUCCCCGGCCGCGGCGGCCACCGCUCCAGCACCAGCAGCAUCGACUCCAACGUGAGCAGCAAGUCUGCGGGUGCUGCUGCCACCAAACUGCGAGAGCCGAGCAAGAUCGGGUCCGGGAGGUCCAGCCCUGUCACCAUCAACCAGACAGACAAGGAAAAAGAGAAAGUGGCCGUGUCCGAUUCUGAAAGCGUCUCGCUGUCCAGCUCCCCUAAAUCCAGCCCGACUUCGGCAAGCGCCUCUGGCACACCAGGACUUAGACAGCCAGGUUCCAAAUACCCAGAUAUUGCUUCCCCCACAUUUCGAAGGUUGUUUGGUGCCAAGGCAAGUGGUAAAGCUGCCUCUGCACCCAGUACUGAAGGUGUGAAACCCACAUCGGCAAUGCCCAGCCCUAGUACCACAUUGGCACGGCAAGGCAGCCUGGAAUCGCCAUCCUCGGGCACAGGCAGCAUGGGCAGUGCAGGUGGGCAAAGUGGUAGCAGCAGCCCCCUCUUCAGUAAACCUUCGGACUUAAAUGCAGAUGUUGUAAGCUUAAGUCACUCCCUGGCUUCCAGUCCUGCCUCAGUGCACUCUUUCACAUCAGGUGCUCUUGUGUGGGCUGCAAACCUGAGCAGCUCUUCAGCGGGCAGUAAGGACACACCAAGUUACCAGUCCAUGACUAGCCUUCACACCAGUUCCGAGUCUAUUGACCUCCCUCUUAGCCAUCAUGGCUCUCUCUCUGGACUGACAACAAGCACUCAGGAGGUUCAGAGCCUGCUCAUGAGGACUGGAAGCGUCAGAUCUACUCUUUCGGAAAGAUAUGCACCAUCAUCCCGGCAGACAAGUCAGGAGGAAGGCAAGGAAUGGCUGCGCUCCCAUUCAACCGGAGGCCUGCAGGACACUGGCAGUCAGUCCCCGCUUGUUUCUCCUUCAGCUAUGUCUUCAUCUGCAACUGGAAAAUAUCACUUCUCCAACCUGGUGAGUCCAACCAACCUAUCACAGUUUAACCUUCCUGGACCCAGCAUGAUGCGUUCAAACAGCAUCCCUGCACAAGACACUUCUUUUGAUCUCUACGAUGACUCCCAGCUGUGUGGCAGUGCCACGUCCUUGGAAGAGAGACCACGAGCAAUCAGUCAUUCUGGUUCAUUCAGGGACAGCAUGGAAGAAGUGCAUGGGUCCUCAUUAUCACUCGUCUCCAGCACAUCCUCUCUCUACUCUACAGCAGAAGAAAAGGCACAUUCAGAGCAAAUUCAGAAACUACGGAGAGAGUUGGUUGCAUCGCAGGAGAAAGUUGCUACACUUACUUCUCAACUUUCAGCAAAUGCUCAUCUAGUAGCAGCUUUUGAAAAAAGCUUGGGAAAUAUGACAGGCCGACUGCAAAGUCUAACAAUGACUGCUGAACAAAAGGAAUCUGAGCUUAUAGAGCUAAGGGAAACCAUUGAAAUGCUGAAAGCCCAGAAUUCUGCUGCACAAGCUGCUAUUCAAGGAGCCUUGAAUGGCCCUGAUCAUACCCACAAAGAUCUACGUAUAAGGCGGCAACAUUCUUCAGAAAGCGUUUCCAGUAUCAACAGCGCUACAAGUCAUUCCAGUAUUGGCAGUGGUAAUGAUGCUGAUUCAAAAAAAAAGAAAAAGAAAAACUGGCUAAGAAGCUCUUUCAAACAGGCCUUUGGAAAGAAAAAGUCCACCAAACCUCCUUCCUCACAUUCAGACAUAGAAGAGCUGACAGAUUCCUCCCUUCCUUCCUCACCUAAAUUGCCCCACAGCUCAGGAGAGUGUGCAACAACAUCGAUGAAACCAUCACAGUCAGCAUCUGCGAUCUGUGAGUGCACAGAGGCAGAGGCUGAAAUUAUUCUUCAGCUAAAAAGUGAGCUGAGGGAGAAGGAGCUCAAAUUAACAGAUAUCCGUCUGGAAGCCCUCAGCUCUGCACACCACCUGGAUCAGAUCCGGGAAGCCAUGAACCGCAUGCAGAAUGAAAUUGAGAUACUGAAAGCAGAGAAUGAUCGCUUGAAGGCAGAGACUGGAAAUAGCGGAAAGCCUGCCCGGCCAUCAUCAGAGUCCUCAAGCAGCACAUCAUCUUCUUCAUCACGGCAGUCACUGGGACUUUCUCUGAACAAUUUAAACAUCACAGAAUCUGUUACAUCAGAUAUAUUGUUGGAUGAUGUCACUGAUGGAGCACUCCACAAAGAAGGUCAUAGUGUCAAAAUUUUAGUCACCAUAAACAAAGGCUACAGUCGAGCCAAGGAUCAAAAGCCACAUGCAUACCUGAUAGGAUCAAUUGGAGUCAGUGGAAAAACAAAAUGGGAUGUUUUAGAUGGUGUAAUCAGACGUCUCUUUAAGGAGUAUAUUUUUCGAGUGGAUCCAACUACUAGCCUGGGUUUAAGCUCUGACUGCAUUGCUAGCUAUUGUAUAGGGGAUGUAACUAGAGCCCAUAGCCUAGAAGUGCCUGAACUGCUGCCUUGUGGAUAUCUGGUUGGAGAUAAUAACGUCAUCACUGUGAACCUGAAAGGAGUAGAAGAAAACAGUUUGGACAGUUUUGUGUUUGACACAUUAAUUCCUAAGCCAAUUACCCAACGGUACUUUAAUUUACUGAUGGAGCAUCGCAGAAUUAUUCUGUCGGGACCCAGUGGCACAGGAAAGACCUAUUUAGCUAACAGGCUGGCUGAAUAUAUUAUAACUAAAUCUGGCAGAAAAAAAACUGAGGAUGCAAUUGCAACUUUUAACAUAGAUCACAAAUCAAGCAAGGAUCUGCGACAAUACCUAGCAAACUUAGCUGAGCAAUGCAGCGCUGACAACAAUGGUGCUGACCUCCCUGUCGUCAUAAUUCUUGAUAACCUCCACCACAUCAGUUCACUAAGUGACAUUUUCAAUGGUUUCCUCAACUGUAAAUAUAAUAAAUGUCCCUAUAUUAUUGGAACCAUGAACCAAGGAGUUUCUUCUUCACCAAAUCUGGAGGUGCAUCACAAUUUCAGGUGGGUGCUGUGUGCUAAUCACACAGAGCCCGUUAAAGGUUUCUUAGGAAGAUAUCUGAGAAGGAAACUGAUUGAAACUGAAAUAGAAAAGAGCAUACGCAAUAAUGAGCUUAUGAAAAUCAUUGACUGGAUCCCCAAAACAUGGCAUCAUCUCAACAGCUUCCUAGAAACACACAGCUCUUCAGAUGUAACCAUUGGCCCCCGCCUCUUCCUCCCUUGCCCUAUGGAUGUUGAUGGCUCCAGAGUGUGGUUCACAGACCUUUGGAACUAUUCCCUGGUUCCGUAUCUUCUGGAAGCUGUGAGAGAAGGACUCCAGAUGUACGGUAAGAGGGCACCCUGGGAGGAUCCCUCCAAGUGGGUAGCUGAUACCUAUCCAUGGAGCUCUGCAACUCUACAGCAUGAGUGGCCAUCACUGCUUCAGUUAAGGCCUGAAGAUGUUGGUUAUGAAGGUUAUGCAUCAGCAAAAGAAGGAACAACCUCUAAGCACGUUCCACAGACUGAGACAGAGGGGGAUCCCUUGAUGAAUAUGCUAAUGAGGCUUCAAGAGGCAGCCAACUAUUCGAGCGCACAGAGCUGUGACAGUGAUAGCACCAGCCACCAUGAUGACAUUCUGGAUUCAUCCCUUGAAUCAACUCUCUGAAAGGGACAAAUCUUGCUGUGGGAUGAUGGUAAAAUCUGUUUCCACUAGACCACUGCCAGUAGUAAAGCAGCACACCGAGGUCUCUCAGUAAGAACGGUGUGUUGUAGGGAGGCAGGAGACCUAACUCUGCAAAGUCAGGAAGAAAAAUUGAAGUGGAAAGCUUGAAUUAGUUUAAUUUCAAGGCAUUUCAAUACCUAUGGAGCCGAGUGAGACUCCAUUUGUCAACUGGAAAGUGCCCUAGACCAAGGGCAUCUGAGCAGAUUGCACACGUGUUAGCCAAACUGGAAUAUUUUUUUUCCCUUAUCCUCUUUCUCUCUCUCUGUCUCUCUGUGUUUCUCUGUACGAGUUCACAGCGAAACUUCUUUGGAUUUUUUUUUUCCUUUAGUUUAUCCUGAGCUGCUGCAUGAACAAUGCAGUCUUCUAAUUAUCUUGUAACCUCUGUUGUGCCACAUGGUGCUGGUCACAGGACGGCAGUGGUGUCUGUGUUAUACACUACUGCCAAUUCCAAAAGGAGUAAAAGAUGAUAGUAACUCAGAAAGCACAAACAGUAUUGUGCAAUCACCAGAAAACAUGACUGUGAUAUGCUGGAUAAGUGCCAAUUUAAUUCUAACUGCCAUGGUCACGGUGAUGCGCUCCAUAAAGUUUUUAGUACACAAGUCACAGAUUUUAUAGAGUUAUUUUUACCACAAGGGUCUUUUUUAACCGCCUGCCCACUCCUUAACAACAGUUUUCUACCAAUUACUAACCAACACUGAUUAAAGGCUUUUUAGGGCUUCAUUUGUUUGAGCCUUUUCAGUGAAAGAAGGAACAUUUCUUAUGGUGCUGUCUCACUGCCUUAAAACAGAUUUCUAGAACAGUUUUACAGUUGGUUUAAUUCCUAAACCAUUGGUAAUUUACACUGUUUUUUUCUUCAUUUACUAACGAGAAAACAUCAGUUAACAUAGUAGCCUCAUAUCUGUAUAUCAUGAUUUUUUAAAGUAAUGGAUACGAGAAAGAACAAUUGCUAUAUAAUAUUUUUAUCUUGUGAAUAGAUUUCUCUGCCUACCCUCAGAAGUACACAAGGAACCCAAACCCACUUUCACUGCCACUUAAAUGCUGACAAAAUCGGCUCAAAUCCAUUUGGUCCCAUGGAAUGGAAUUUUUGGGAGGAUAGAUGUUUUGAAUACUUAUCCAGCAGAGCUGGAUGCACUUGAUGCAGCAUGAGCACAAAUAUAUGGGUUUGUUUUUCUUUUUUUUCCUUUUUCUAGUUUCAGCAUGUUGUUUUGAUUGCUAUAGUUGUACAUGAAGAAUUCAGCAUAAAAGAACACUGAAGCAGUGAUGUCCACUGUGGAAGAGGAAGAGUUUAUACUGUAAAAGUGGGUUGGUUUUGCACAGUCUACUGGGUGGGUAUUGUAAAUAUAGAGAAAAAGAAAAAAAAAAAAGAAAAAAAAGCCUUGCACAAAUCAAAUCAAAAGCAAACAAACAAAAAUAUUGUAUUUUAUUCUGUUGGUGUUAAGAGAUGUUUCACUUGCUGAGAUUUCCUGUAUGUUGCAAACAAAUACAGAAUGCAAAACCUAAAAGCUGUUAUUACCCGGUGUGUUUGUCCUGUACUUAACAGUUGUUAUGACUAUGCAGGAGCUAUCAAUGCCACAGCUAGCACGUUUCAAUAUCUGUAUGAAACCAAUACAUUUUGGGGGGAAAAGUCUGAAAAUGUUGAAAUUCAUAUGUCACGGCAGGCUAGAAGCAGGCUGCAUCCAGACUGCUCAGAGUAACUGGAAACACUCUUUUACCACCAGAGCCAUGGUUAAAAUAGGUGCACGUGGGCAAGAAGGUACCCAAGGGCUCUGGCAUUGUGUAGUCACAUACUGUACACCUCCAUGGAUGUUACCUUCGGGAUGUGUAUCUGGUGCUAUUCACUCCUCGUGGCCACCCCGUGGCCGCCUGCUGUAACUUAAAGAAAUCAAUGCAGUUUCCAAAUGGCACUGAGCUGCAUCGCUGAAUCUAGAGGUUCCUACACGGUGCUAUUGCCCUAAUAAAACUCUGAAUUUAUGCACGUAGGAUUCAGUCUGACCAACAUCGUGCCCCCCAAACCUGGAUCUAUUUCUGAUGCAAAAUGUCAGUUCAUACACCUUGACUGACUCAAAGAACUAAAGCAAAGCUGCUCUUUCUUGUACCUGUGCUCUGAGCAAACCUGCAAAUCUUUUCCUGCCAUAUUUAGCUCACAAACACACAAUAUUACAUAUACAAAACUUCCUGCAAUACAUCUCAGUGAGUCCACCUAGUUUACAACUCAGAAAUUGUUUGUGAAACAUUUGUCUGUACACAUUUUAUAUUUUGUACAUUUUUGAUGUAACAUAUCUUGUAAAUAGACAGAAACAGUGAAAUAAAUCAUCUGAAAAUUUUUGUAGUCUUUGUAAAACCCUAAUAAUAAGUAUUUGGUGUCAUCGGACUUAACUGGAUGAUGUAUUUUCUAUUGGUUUAUUGUUCCUCUAGCUUGUAAACCAGCUUGCGUAUAUUUUUUUUGCAGGUGUGCACACUGUAUCUGUCUAAAUUAUUACUUUGCCAUUAAAGUGGAAUUAUUUAUUGAAAACACAGUCUGAUGUUUUUGCAGUCAGGACUA